CUGAGCUCCGUGACCCGACCCGAUCCGGUAACGACGGAGUCGCAGCGGAACCCACAAGUGAAUGUGUCGCUGAAUAUAUUGUCGCAGGGAUCGACGGAGAAAUCCCAAGAACUCAGGCAAGAGCCUGGACUCAUGGAUUUGGCAUCCACUGAGUUCUUGAAGUCUUUGAGAGCUGCCACGUCACCCCAGAAAGUCUUGGACUCUGCUGAAGAUAAAGUGAGCAAAAGAAGAAGAACAAGGGAAAUAAGUGAAGCCAUUACAAAAGAGAGAUGGUUAGCUCUGCUGAGAGAUGUUUGGAAGAAGAAGAAGCAGAGUGGGUUUGGAGUGAAUAAUGACCGUUGGAUGAGAGGGUCAAGGCGUGUGAUAGAUCUACAGAAAGUUGCUCUGAAACUUGAAAGACAGAGGAAUUUAUAUAUAGAGAGAUUGAGAUAUUAA